AUGAUAACAAAGCCAUGGUCAUCUGGAUUUAAUUUCCAAGAUGAAAUCCUUCGUAUAGUUCCUGUGUGGGUGAGAUUCCCCAAUCUCCCUUUAUGUUGUUGGGGGAGUGAUUCCCUAAGUAGAAUUGGUAGCUUGAUUGGGGUACCACUGUUUGCUGAUGAUUGCACCUCAAAGCAAUUAAGGAUUUUAUUUGCUAGACUCUUGAUUGAGGUUGAUGUAACUAAGGAUCUCCCUAAGGAAGUGCUGAUUCAGGACCACUCAAGAGUGACCAUCAAACAGAAGGUGGAGUAUGAUUGGCUCCCACCUUUUUGUAAAGCUUGUAACAGUGUUGGCCAUGACUGUAGUGUUAAGAAGAGUGUUGGUGCACGCUUCCAACCUGCUCCCACUGGUCCAGCACAAUAG